AUGUCGGUGCACAUGACGAACGCAGCAACAAGUCUAGACGCAUCCGGAACCGCAGUAAGGUUCAGUCUCGAGGAGGUCGUCGGCCCGGAGCGGACCUGGACAUCAGUCGGGCGGCUUCAAGUCCUCUGCCGGACGACGGUCGAAGACGUUGUUGGAAAGGCCCGAAAUUAUUAUGAUCAUGUCCUGUGUCUUGCCAAAAAAGUGGCCUCCACCCUCGUCCAACGCUCUACGGUCUUCGUCGCAAACUCCCGGAAGACGAUGUGGACUGCAUCAGGCAGACUGCUCCACGUGAUGCGUCGGACGACGGUGGACGACGUUGUUGUCAGAGCUCGAAAAAUGGCCCCCUCCCUCCUAAGACGCUUGAUGAUCGUCGUCGCAGACACCCUGGAGGGCAAAAUAAUUUAUGCCAGGCUGUUGCCGCGAAUCUCUGGGCUGUACUGCGACGGCCAUACGACCUUCAAGGCUUUAAGGUUUAUUCACGACGUCGAAAAAAUCGUCAAGCAGUUCUUGAGGGAAACCGGCCUAGGUUGGGGCAAACUGGCAGCGAGCAGACUUCGCCGUUCGCCGGCCGUACGGCAAACGGUGCUGCAAGUGGUGCGGCUAGCGGACGACCAUGCGUCAAAUUCAUUGACCAGUUGUGCAUUUUACGACAGAGAUACCCGGCCACAUUUGUUGAUGGUACCAUGGCGACCCGGGUGGCCCGUGCUGUUACCGGCGUCCUGGAUGCCAGCGGUGGUCACCAGACGCUGUUCUAUACCGCGGCCGACUAGCGCACAUCAGUUUCUCGACGACGAUACCGUGGUGCCGCUCGUGAUAGCUCUUAACAGAGGCCCAAUCGAAUCAGUGGACGACCAUGGCCAAGUCCAGUUGGACCACGAUUGGAAGACAUCUUCGGACGUGUCCGACGUCACUUUUUUUUCGGUAAUCGUUCUGACACCAUUGGCCGUAUUCUGGACGGCGGGCAUGUAA